AUGGCGGACAUGUCAGACGUAGAAAAUAUUAACGAUGAAUUUAAUUCAGAACUACAGUGCUCUAUUGGUCAGGAAUUGGAUCAAGAUACAGAUGAUCGAACACUCGAAGAUAUCUCAGUAGAAUCAAAUUUAAACUUAGAUAUUGUACGUAAGUCUUUAUCACGUUUAGUUGAAGCAGGAAAGUUGACGAAGAGGUUGUAUCGGAGUAAUGACACCUACACACCGGUAGACCACAGUAGUAGCAAAACGUUGACAGUGAAUAAAUCUUGUAAAGAACCUAUUUAUGCUGAGAACAACGAGGGAAAUGUUUCAUACGACGCUGGUGACGACGCCAUAGACUUCAAGAAAUUCGUGUUUGAUAAACUAGUUUCACUGCAACAUGAAAUUGAACAACUUAAAGAUAACACAGACAGUUCUCAAGAUAAAACAGACAGUUCUCAAGAAAUCAUCAAGGGCAAGGACGCUAUAAUUAAUUUGUUAAGGGAGAAAAACCGUUUUUUAAGACAGGAAGAUCUAGAACUCGUAAAAGUGUUACAAGCUGGCUCUCUACAUCAAAAUGAGAAACAUCAAAGAGAAAAACAUCAAAAAUUAAAAAAUCAAAAAACAAUUAGCAACAACAUAUCGAACUCUCCGUCGUUAAACGAUAAAGAACAAAAUAAAUCACAACCAAGGAACACGGUAGGAGAGCCGAAAAGUCAGGAUCAGAAGCGUAAAAAUAUUGAAUCAAGAAAUAAUGAAUCUAAAACCACCAACAAUAACAUAAACAAUAAAAAACAUGUGAUAAUAAUUGGAGAUUCAAUGGUUAAAGAAAUAAAUCCACGGGGUAUUUCCCGCUAUCAUAAGGUCGACGUCAGAAGCCACUCUGCAGCUACAACAUCAGACUUAAUUGACCAUAUCAAACCUUAUGUUAGAAAGAAACCCGAUAUCAUAGUAAUUCAUAUCGGAACAAAUGACUUAACAAAUAAAGUUAACACACGGAAGAAAAUAAAGAACGUAAUAGCUGCUAUUCGAGAAAUUGACAGAGAUCAAAAUAUCGAGAUUAUAUUAUCAAGCAUAAUUGGCAGAAAAGAUCAAGAUCUAACGGCAAAAUUAAGUCCGUGAAUGAAAACCUUAAAAGUUAUUGUGAAAGUAAAGAGCUUCAUGCACAAAACCUCUUCGAAUGUUUGGCAUGAUAACACAACAAAUUAGCAGGUUGUCAUCAAAUAUUUUGGUGGCGAGCGGAAAUUCUUAGAGCCCCCAGGGCUUCUUGUUUAUAAAUUAAAAUAAAGUUGUAAAUAAAUAUUUAAUAUAACCUCGUUCACAGGCUCUCUUGCCUUUCUUUACAAGAAAGCAAAAGCUGGAUCGCCUGUUGACUAGGUUAGCUGGUUUUUAUUAGUCUAGUAAUUAGUCUUGUAACCAACUUAAAAUAAAGAAUACAUACAUACAUUGGCAA